AUCUGAUCCUUCGGACGCAAACCUAACCUUCAUAUAACCAAUACGAUUCGCUCACGAUGUUCGUGAAAGUUUCCAGCGAUAUAUUUCUAAUUCUGCUAAACGCGAAGAAAAUAUGUAAUAAUCAAAUAGAAUUUAUUUCAUCUAUUAAAUUACAAUUAUAACAAAUUUUUUAUUUGUUACAUGCGAGCAGGAUACAAGAUUUUUGAUAACCGAGUCAUCAACGCCUCGAGACACGAUUACAAUUCAUGACGCAUUAAAAUUCUGAAUUAAACAUUUCAUUAUUAUCAAUAAUAAUAAUAAUAACAACAAUAAUAUAUUGGAUUUCCAUUAAUAAUUUUAUAUAACCUGCAGCAUAAAAUUCUGAAUAUUGUGAAUUAUUAGAAUAACGUAGCAUAUUUUUUGUACUUGUUGCAAUGUUCAUAUCGAAAAGGAGUCGAUAUUAACAUAAAUAAUUGUUUAUUGUACUGUUUUUCGCGUUAAGUAAUUAAAAUAUAUACGUAAUUCAAUCGUUUUGAAGAUUUUUAAGGUAUUUACCGUUUUAUAGAAAAUGGUGGACCUACAAGGCAAGGACAAAAGAAAUAUAUCCUUGCCGAUGAAAUUGCAAUCGUACGAAUAUGAACAGGCAAUUAACAAACCGACAAUAAUUAAUACGCAAAGAACGUUCUACAAUAUUCGUAUCGCAGAUAUUGAUAAUAGAAUAAACAGGUUAAAAGAUCGAAAUGAGAAAUUAUUAAAAGAAAUUGAAAAUACAGAUGAACUUGUAAUUACACUGGACGCAGAAACAGCUGAUGAAAUUGCAACCUUAACUAAACAAGUCAACACGCAGAAUAGUAGAAUCGAAAAUUUAAAAAAUAAUAUUAAUAAAAUAGAAAAGGAUCGCACGCAGGUGAAAGAAACUCAUCGAGAUAACAUAAAACUGUUUAAAGAAAGAUAUACGAAGAAGAAGAUAGAACUGGUUUAUCAAAUUAAAAUAUUAAGUGCAAAAAUUAAUAGUUUGGAAAAUUUUAAAAAAGUUCAGAACAUUUUGCAAGAAAAACUCGAAGGAAAUAAGGAACGUAUGAUAAAGUAUGAGAAAGAAUUGAAAGAAACAACUGAAGGGAUUAGGCGAAAAUUUGAAUUUGAUAAAGAAAUGCUCAAGAUUGAACUGUAUAAUUACCUUCUUGAUUUGGCAGCACAUUUUCAAAUUGAAACCAACAAAUUUAUGAGUUUCCCUAAUAAAAGAUUAAUGCAGGAGAAUAUAAUGUUACAGAAAAAUUUAUUGCAAUUGUCUAAAGAAGUUUCGACUAAAAGAAAUGUUGCAAUUGAUUGCCAAAAAACUAUUGUUGCGCAACGUUCAAGUACAAAACAUAAUAUGGUAACUUUAAAAAUAUAUAAUCGGGUGCUGAAAGCUUUACAACGAAAAUUUGAUAAAAUGAAAAAGUGUUUGUCUAUUAUUAAUAUCCCGGAGUCUACAGCGGAAGAAAGACAAUGGCUAGCAGUUGAAAAUGCCAGAAUAGAGGAACAGAAUGUGAAGUUCCUUUUAUCGUCGAUGCAAACUUUAUUUCAUAAAGAGAAGACGAAAAUAGGUAUUGCCAAGUAUUUACAGAGGAAGGUAGAAUGUAAAAUAAAAGCAGUUAUAGAAACACUUUAUGAUGUGAAGUACAUUGUAAUAUGCUUGCUCAAGUGUCCUGCAACUGAAUUAAGUUAUUCAAAAUUGCUUCUAAUUUUCCAAGAUAAACUUUUUAAAGGGCAAUUAAGACUUCAGUGUAAUACUGUUAAUUCGGUUGAAAGCAUUCCACGAGAAAUAGAUUGCCACGUAGAAGAUUUGAAAGAUAUUCCAGAAGAUAUUAAUUUUGAGAUAUCGAGUGCCACUGAAGAGACAGCAUUGAUGAGCAGAGCAAUCUUAGAUAAAGUAAAUAAUUUUAUCCACACAGAAAAAGACGAAACUGACACGUCUAUUGAAAAUGAUACAUCCGAUAAAAAUGAAUUAGAUGAAAUUUUUAAAGAUCUUACGGUAUUUGAUGAGAACGAAUAUGAAGAAAUUAAUGACGCCGAAUCCUUAGACGGCGAAGAAUUACUUGACGUGAACGAGGAAUAG